AUGGAUCCCGCGACAAGCCAAGAUGCGGACCCCAUUUCGGUCGACGAGUCGCCCUGCCAGAAGGAUCCUGUGCCUCCCACCAUGGAAGUUGUCGCUGCAACCGAUUCAACCGCCGGUGACGCGACAGAUCCUGAACGGCCGACAAGUUUCUUUCGUGGGGUUCAAUGGACAGCCGAUGGCACCACCCUCAUUGCUUCCACCUCCGACAACCGAUUGUCGGCCUACGUUCUGCCGGAAGAUCUCCUCGACCCGGCCGGCAGACCCCGGAGUCUGAGACCCCAAAGUCAGUUGCAGCUCCCGGAGCCCUUCUACUCGGCUGCCGUUGCUCCCUACUUUUCGCUUUCCGAGCCCCAAUCUCAGCUGGCCCUGCUCUCGUGCAAAGAACACCCACUGCAUCUCUACCAUGUCUUCCCGGGAUCUGAGUCGUCUCCUCCGCUCGGCUCCUACAAGCUUAUCCGACGAGAGACCGAAGAGUACAUAUGCGCAGAAUCUCUCCUCUGGUCUUCGCCCGGAACCCACUUCAUGGUCGGCUCUUCCAAUCGACUCGACUAUUUCGACAUAUCUCGGACCGGGUCUGAUGGGCCAAUUCUGACCAUUCCCACCAUCCCUUCCAAACGACACCUUCUUAAGGGUGGUGGUGUUGGCAUGAAAGGGACCGUUUCCACACUCUCUAGCCAAUACCCUGACGAGACGGGCGUUGCAAUUAUUGCUGCCGGCACCUGGACUCGCUGGAUGGGUCUUUACGACGUGACUCGGACGAACAAAGCUGUCGCGAAUUGGAGCAUCCAGGGUGUCGCUGAAUCGCACUUCGGUCACAGCGUUGGCGGUAGGGGAAUUGUUCAGACCAUCUGGAGCCCCUGUGGCCGCUAUCUGGCCAUCAACGAGCGCCAGUCCAACGGCAUUCUUGUCUACGAUGUGCGGGGGACAGGGCAGCCUCUAAGUCUGUUGAUUGGUCGGGAAUCGACCACCCAACAGCGUCUGUCCUGUGAUGUGUUCCCGGGCGGCGGAGAUACGGCCGGAGGGUUCGAGCUUUGGGCCGGGACACAGACCGGAGAGGUCUCGGUAUAUGAAGGGGUUGGUCUUCAGGCAGGCGUACUUGACAAGUCCUGGGACUGGGUCGCCCAUCAAUCACCCGUCGGAGGCACAGGAAUCCAUCCUACCGGGUCCGUGGUCGUCACUUGCUCGGGCGCGUGGACUACCCAUACGGAUGGCGAACUUGACACAGAGUUAGGAGCUACCGACGACGGCGGCCUUCCCUCCUUGGCAUCCACACGCAUCACCACAGAGACUUCUAUCAAAGUCUGGACUUUGGCGACUGCCACCGAGGACCCCGCAGCAUGUGGUUCUGCACCUCAUUAA